UUUUUAUGCGUUCGUUCUCAUUCAACCUCAGUGUCUCGAACACGGCAACUAGCGGGCUGUAUGGCUCAUUGAGCUACAUUUGUUGCCAGUGGCACAGACCGUUUCUAAACCUGUGCUGUCUUUGGCAGUUAGCCUACUACUUUUGUACACGAUACUGACCCCCUAGUGCCAGGAACUUAACAACACUACCAUGGACAUCCCGUCUGCAUCUACGUGAACCGCGAUAGAGGGCUAGUAAGCAAGCAAGCUAACUUUUUGCCUGAUUAAAAACAACAUCCUCUUGAUGCGUGAUUGCAUUAUUAAUACAAAUAAUGGUUUAGACGAUUAUAAGCUAUAGUCAUGAAUCUUCGGGGAUUCUUCCAAGAUUUCAAUCCCAGUAAGUUCCUCAUCUAUGCCUGCCUGCUACUGUUUUCGGUUCUGCUGUCGCUGCGUCUGGAUGGCAUCAUCCAAUGGAGUUAUUGGGCUGUCUUUGCCCCCAUAUGGCUAUGGAAGCUCACGGUCAUCAUCGGUGCCUCAGUGGGCACAGGCGUCUGGGCCCACAACCCACAGUACAGGGCUGAGGGUGAAACCUGUGUGGAGUUCAAGGCCAUGCUGAUUGCUGUUGGGAUCCACCUGCUCCUGCUCACCUUUGAGGUGCUGGUGUGUGACCGCGUGGAGAGGGGCACUCACUUCUGGCUGCUGGUCUUCAUGCCCCUCUUCUUUGUCUCACCUGUCUCUGUUGCAGCCUGUGUGUGGGGCUUCCGGCAUGAUCGCUCUCUAGAGUUGGAGAUCUUGUGCUCAGUCAAUAUUCUUCAGUUUAUCUUCAUUGCCCUGCGACUAGAUAAAAUCAUCAGUUGGCCUUGGCUGGUUGUCUGUGUGCCACUGUGGAUUGUCAUGUCCUUCCUGUGCCUUGUGGUACUCUACUACAUUGUGUGGUCAGUGCUCUUUCUGCGGUCUAUGGACCUCAUUGCAGAGCAACGGCGUACUCACAUCACCAUGGCGAUCAGCUGGAUGACAAUCGUUGUACCCUUGCUAACCUUUGAGAUCCUGUUGGUCCAUAAAUUGGAUGGCCACUACGGCUCCAGCUAUGUGUCAGUAUUCGUGCCUCUCUGGCUAUCCCUGGUGACUCUGAUGGCCACGACCUUCGGCCAGAAAGGAGGCAACCACUGGUGGUUUGGCAUCCGAAAAGACUUCUGCCAGUUUCUUCUUGAGCUCUUUCCCUUCCUGCGGGAGUAUGGGAACGUUUCCUACGACCUGCACCACGAGGACGCUGAGGUGUCCGUGGAGAUGCCUGCACACGACCAGCCAAAAAUAGCUCCCAUGUUCCGCAAAAAGACUGGUGUGGUGAUCACACAGAGCCCAGGGAAGUACUUUGUGCCUCCUCCAAAACUGUGCAUUGACAUGCCUGACUAAAUUAAAGCUUUGCAACAACUGCUCUAGAGUUUUGAUGGACUUCACAUGCACCAGACAGCUGUGGUGCAUUGACCACCCAUUUUAAGAAGAGGCAGGUGAGCAUAGUUUCCAUGUGGCUCACUCCUAGUGAGCAGUGGGACUGGAAUUCGGACCUGACUUUUUAGCAAAAACGAAAAACCAUGGCAGAGUUUGUGGAACAAAGAGUACGGUAACACUUGAUUUGGAUAGUCCAUCUGUAGAUGCUGUACACACUAUCAGUAACAUUUCAACUAUGUACUAACCUUAACCCCAGCCCUUAUUCUAACCUUAACCCCAGCCCUUAUUCUAACCUUAACCCUAGCCCUUAUUCUAACCUUAACCCUAGCCCUUAUUCUAACCUUAACCCCAGCCCUUAUUCUAACCUUAACCCUAGCCCGUAUUCUAACCUUAACAAGCAGUUGCUUAUCAACAGAUAGUUUGUUAAUAGUAGAGAUGAACUGUCCUGGGAACAUACAUCACAUUUCCUGAAAAGAUUUAAUGACAAGACUUGGGAAAUAACACAAAAUCCCCAAUUUUGCACUAAUGCAAUUCCACAAAAUACACGUGCAGCAGAUGAUUAGCAAAAAAUGAAAUAGCACAUUAUCCAACCAGGUUGUUGCAUGGAAGCCUUUAGCCUAGCAUAUUUACUAAACUCAAAGAAGCCAUAAAUUCAAAGCACAAGGAUAAUUGACACUGCCAGACUGCACACUCCACCCGAAUGCAGUUAAACCCCACAGUAUAGCCUAUAAAAUAACGUGUGCCUCUUUGAGCUGUCAUUGUGACUCUUAAGACAAAUUUGAUAGGCCCAUGCACAAUUCACUACAUAGGCAUACAUCUCUGUCACCAUUCAGAGGCACGAGUGAAAAUUGUAUCUUCUCCUGUCUUAGCCGGGGCAAUUUUUCUAUCCAGUCCCAAUCCCACUGAAACUCAACAUUCUGACUUUAUUCUGUAAUCUAUAGGUUGCAUUAUCAAAGGAUGUCUCUCACCUAUGCAUGUCAAAAUAAUGCAAUAAUAUUUCCCCCACUUCUCUGCGGGGUCUCGUCCUUGCUGCCCAUGUGAGAGUUUCGGUAGAGAAUGUGUGGUCAAUAAACGGCAUGAGAGUAGAUAUGGAUAUUUUUUACACAGUUCGUCCCUGUUAAGAUACUUUAUGUAAAUUACUUUCACUCUUCAUCUCCCUGUUAUUCAUGAGCUUUUCUGCUAUAUAAUCAUCAACUCUGUUUUGCCAAACAUAGGACAUAUUCUGUCAUUCGUUGGGAGUUUAUCAAGCAAGUUUAGCAACUUUGACUUUGGUUUGACUGACGUUACAAAUGUUGCGUGAUUCGACAAUGCUGUACUCUCUGUGCGCCCUGAAUGCACUCUGUCGAGACUAGCCUACUUCUGAAAUGCGCUGAAUGAAUUGAGGAACAUGACAACACUAUGAAUUUAUGAAUGGCCUGUUUCGCAGUUACAUUAUCAUGACUAAAUAUCAGUUGAAUUUGCUCUGAAAUCUUUAAAUAGUGACGCAGCCAAGCCGAGAAGGUGGCACAGUAACCAUGCCUUGGUUUAAACCCCUUUAAAUGGACACUUCUGAUUGUUGCUGUAUUCCACGGGACUCUAGGGAUAAAUAUGAAUUAUUCUCGGUAUUUAAACUUGGUAGAUUUUCGGGAAAAUAUGAAGUUGGUAGUAUGAACAUCUUUAGAGCAUCUACAUAUGGACUAUCCAGAUAAAGUGUGACCAAAGGCACUCUUAUAUCAUUGUGAGUUUUUCUGUUGUUUUGGCAUUAGAACAAGAUGAAGAUCCGUUUAAUUUAUGUGAUAUGAUAUACUGUACAGGACAUUUUAUUUCCCUUGUGAUGUUUUGGCCAACAAAAUCUCCAAAGAGAUUUUAAUAUUCAGAUGUCUUUCACAUGAUUCCAGUUGAAGGUGCAUUAUAUGCGUGUCAGAAGUUGUGCUAGCAAAUUUCCCAAACCCUGAAUCUUUGCACCAAGGCUUGGAUGAUACUGAAUGAUUGAUACUGUACCAAGAUCAUGCUUAUUAGGCGAACUGUUUUAAAUCUAAGAUUAGCUUGCUACUUAGGGAUAUUUGAUCUUGUUUUAUUAAACAGUUUGAGGAGCAUUUGUUGUAAUAUAGUAGUGUAUGAUAUAGGAUUAUACCCUAAUACCCAUGUGUAUUUGAAUACUUUUGCGUUCUUGAGGUCUUGUCCUGUGUAUUUAAGUUACUCAACAACCAUGUCCCUCUAGCAAUCCUUUUUACAUGGCAGGAUGAUGUCAUUGUUGCUCCUAGUAGUUGACCUUUGCUGUUACCAUAAUUAAUCGGAUUCUGGGUGCCCAACUUCUCCAAGUUCCUACUAGUGUGUGCUGUUUUUUUAGUUAAACCUGAGUAUUCUGGGUAAAUCACCAGCCUGCCUCUUGUACCUUGCCAGGUCUGCAUUGGGUGAUGAGUAAAGGAGAACCUGCAGUGCUGCUUCUAUAUCAUUGUACCCGUGGAAAAUGCUUUCUUGGUGAAAUUCUCACCGUAACACAAAAUGGUACCCCCCCCCCAUUCCCCUUUGAACUUCUAACAUAUCCCAUUGCUUGUUUUGUCUAUGUUCUGUGACCACUCUCUCGGCUGGCCUGAGAGUUAAACAUUACCUAUUUGAAAACAGAUUUUUGACUGGGGAUGGACCAAUGGUAUACUUUCCCCUCUAUUGUACCUUGUUUCUUACCCUCCACCAUACACAUUAUGUUGCAAUAUAGCUAUUUCUUUUCUUCUGGCAAGCACUUUAAUACAAAUGUUAAAUAUAUACUUGCUCCAAGUGGCUGAUAAAAAAACAAUAACAAACAAUAAAGUUAUUUAAAAUUG